GUCGUAUUUUCAGUGAAGUAGUAAAUAUGGCCGAAAACGAUUCGGAGGGUCAUACAAGAGAUUAUGAAAGGAAUAAUAUGAUUCCUUCAGGACCACGCACAGUAACAAUUACAAAAUCAGAAACAGGAUUUGGUUUCAAUGUUCGCGGCCAGGUUAGUGAAGGAGGUCAAUUGCGAAGCAUAAAUGGAGAACUCUAUGCUCCAUUACAACAUGUUAGUGCAGUUUUGGAUGGUGGAGCUGCAGAAAAAGCUGGGGUCAAAAAAGGAGACAGAAUUUUGGAAGUAAAUAAUGUGAAUGUGGAGGGUGCGACCCAUAAGCAAGUGGUGGAUCUCAUAAAAUCAGGAGGAGAUACUCUCUCUCUGACCGUUAUCUCUGUCACUCCUCAGGAGGCUCAGCGUUUAGAACCUAUUGAGGACCAGGCCAACUAUAACUAUAUAGACUACAGUGAAAAAAGAUCUCUACCUAUAUCUGUACCUGACUACCAUUAUUUAGAGAAGACAGGGGAAAAAUAUGUGGUUUUCAACAUAUACAUGGCGGGUAGACAUUUAUGCUCCAGGCGAUAUCGAGAAUUUUCCAAUCUACACAUGAAUUUGAAAAAGGAAUUUUCCGGCUUCAAUUUUCCCAAGCUGCCUGGAAAAUGGCCGUUCACGCUAAGCGAGCAGCAACUCGAUUCUAGACGCAGGGGAUUGGAACAGUAUUUGGAGAAAGUUUGCGCCGUUCGGGUGAUCGCUGAGAGUGAUAUAGUGCAGGACUUUCUCACUGAUUCCGAUGACCAACAGGGUAACCCGUCUCCGGUUGAUUUGAAAAUCCUGCUACCAGACAGAGAUGUGGUCACAGUGAGCGUGAGAAAGAGCGCAAACGCCGAUCAAGUGUAUGCCGCAGUUGUAGACAAGAUACAGAUGUCACCCAAGUCUGCUUCAUACUUCUACCUUUUCGAAAUUGUCGAAUACAACUUUGAACGCAAACUGACCGCGGAUGAGACGCCACACCAGCUCUACAUACAGAACUAUUCGACGGCGUCGGCAACGUGUCUGUGUGUACGACGCUGGCUGUUCACCUUGUCCAUAGAGCGUGGCCUGAGUGCGACAGACGACCUGGUCGCAUUGUACCUGUUUUGGCUAGCAGUGGAUGCGGUGGAUAGGGACAUCAGCUCCAACCAACAGCUGUAUCAGCUCAAAGCUAUGCAAGAUGAGAGUCGAAAACAUGAGUAUUUGAAGCUGGCUCGUGAGCUAACGGGUUAUGGCGAGGUGGUAUUUCCUCAUUGCAGCUGUGAUUCCUAUAAAGACGGUCAUGUGAUAGCCAGUCUGAGCAGUGCCGGAUUGAGAUUGCUUGCUUGUCGAGUUGACGGUAUUCCUGAGACACGAGUGGUUGAAUUUGCAUGGACAACCAUAAUGGAAUGGGAGACGAAUGAGGAGGCGAUGGCGUUCUGCUUCCAGUACCAGAGACCUAACAAAAGUCCAAGAUGGGUCAAGAUAUUCACACCAUAUUUCGUCUACAUGUACGAAUGCUUUGAGCGAAUAGCUGAAGAACGGAAAUGCUGUGAAGCUCACGAAUAGAAAAUGCUGACAAAAAAUCCAGAAAAAAAAUGGCUGACCAAUCAGGAAAUUAUCUCUGGAACAUCACCUGACAUGGAACAACCAGAUUAGUGAGGAGGACAUU